AACUUACUGGAAUACGGAUUUCUUCUGGAAUUUCACGAAUCUCACAGCAGUUAGGAUGUUUCCUACCACACACCUGAAGUGGACACUUCUUCAUUUUGGUCUGUUCCUGGUGUCCAGUGAAUCAUGUGAAAAGGGAUUUGACGGAAAAAACGGCGGCUGUGUUGAUGCAGAUGAGUGUGUGACGGUUCCGAGUGUGUGUGGUGAUAACGCUCGGUGUUUCAAUACACAUGGAAGUUACUACUGCAACUGUAAUGAAGGAUUUCAGGCAGAUAAACACAACUUCACCCAUGAAACAGGACAGUGUAGAGAUAUCAAUGAGUGUGUUGAGGAUGAAUGCCCAGGUAAUAUGAAGUGUGUGAACACCUUUGGCUCGUACAAUUGCACGUGUCGAAAAGGAUACAAGACCACAAGACUAGACACAGAUUGUGAAGACAUCGAUGAGUGUAAAGAUGCUCCAGAUGUUUGUGGCACAAACGCACAGUGCUACAAUCAAGAGGGCGCAUACAGCUGCAAAUGUGACCAGGGUUACAGUAAUUCUGGAAAUAAGCAGUUAGUAUGCACUGAGAUUGUGCAUUUCUGUCUGGCUAAUGAAUGA